ACUCGCUCUCUACCCCACUCUGGAGAGGAUCUUCUUAGUGGCAAACAUUAGUUUGUUGAGUGUUAGCUAUAGCUCCUCUCUUUUUUUUUUUUCCUUUUUCCUACAGACACAGACCUAUUUUAAAUAACCUUCCCGGCCCCUUCUUUCUUUCUUUCUUUUCUUCUUUCCCUCUGCAAAACCCUAAUCUUUACGCUGAAUAAUAGAAACAAGAAAGAAGAAGAAGAAGCAAGAAAAGUUCCCACUUCUACUUAUAAUAUCAUUACUCUCUUUUUGUUUUCUUUGCUUUCAUUUCUAGCCAUCAUUUGUAAUCAAGAUCUGUGAGCAGUUUUUUUUUUUCCUUUUGUUUUUCUCUCUUUUACGCAGAAACUUUUGUUGAUUUAAUUAAUACUUUGUUGAUGAAUAUAGACACAUGAUCAGUCUUGGUUUUGGUUGAUGAGUGGUUCUUCAUAAUUGCUGUUUCGAUCAAAUUCUGCAACUUGGCAACUAUCACCAUCUCAUCAAGAUCUUCGGUUUGAUUCUCUUUUCUCUCUCUGAUCUCUUUUUUCAUAACCUUGAUUACUAGAUAUGGAUUCUGGUAAUAGUGGUAGUUUGCAAUCUUCAAGUGGUGAUGAAGAGCAUGAUUCAUCAAGACCACCAGAGUCAUCGUUUUCUGCUUUCUUGAACAAUUCUUCCCACUUUGGUGUUCCAUUAAACCCACAAUCUUUUCUGCCUCACCACCACCACCCCUACCACCACCAUCAACAGCAGCAGCUACACCACCAAACCCCCACUUUAUUUGAUCCUUCAUCAAAUCUUUUCCAUAAUUUCUCUCAAUCACCUUCACCAAACCUAAAUCUCCACUCUUCCCUCAUCAAUCUCGACGCCGUUAGAUCAGAAUCAGCACCACCUCCACUAUCAAGCGGCCGAUCGUCAAUCUUGGGUGUUCAAGGAACAAAUCCGGCUACUAUCAAUCAACUUCCUUCUCAUUCCGAUCAGAACCAUGUCGCAUCAAGAAAUCCCAAGAAACGAACAAGGGCAUCAAGAAGAGCACCCACUACAGUUCUCACUACAGACACGUCAAAUUUUCGAGCAAUGGUGCAAGAAUUUACUGGGAUUCCAGCUCCGCCAUUCUCAGGCUCGCCAUAUUCAAAGAGGCUCGAUCUUUUUGGUUCAGCUAUGACUCGGUCUAGCCAUUUAGAACAAAUUGGUUCGCUUUUUCCUCUACGUCCAUCAGCUCAAAAAGUUCCGCAUCAACAAUCCCCAUUUUCAUUCUCUUCUUCUCCUUCUCCAUUAAUCCAAAAUAAUCCAGUAGACGCUACUACUACUGCAACAACCGCCGCCAACAAUAAUCCUACUACUUUCAUUAACCCUAGUUCUUUCAAUAACUACCAACUCCCUUCUGACCUAAGCCAAUUAUCCAAGCAACCUCAAAACAUUCUAAACAUGCAAAACCAAAUGCUUUCAUUUCAGUCCCUUUUUCAGCCUCCUUCCAAAGGAAACUUACCGUUAUUACCGUCUCUUCAUGAUGAACUAGGAAUGAGCCAUGGACGAGUUAGUGCAAACUUGAGUGAGAUACCGAGUCAUAGUGUAACAAAUACACCAGAAGGUAAUAAUAGAUGUAAAUUGAACUAUUCAGGUUCGACAUCCGAUCAUCAUUUUCUCCAUCAAGAUAACGGUUUAGAGAAUGUUCCUCCGAGAAGUGAAGGUGCUGUUGAUUCUUGGAUUUGUCCUUCAGAAUAGAAAACUUCAAGGAGAUUAAAAAGGGCUAUGUAGUAAUAUUUCAUCAAGAAGUAUAGACGAGGGUUUUUGCUUGCAACUAUAACCAAUUAACCCAUGGUUUUGAAUUAUGAUGAUCAUCUUGAUAUAGUUAAUGACAUCUUUCUUUAAUUUUUUUCAAGAAAUAAACAAGAAUUAAUAUU